UUAUUAGCCACCGCCUGCUGGCAGCUGCUUGAGCAGCGCCGCACCGCCUUCGAGCGCGUUGUAUGGAGGAUAUUUUGGGCUUUCUUCCAAUUUCCGCAAACAAGCUUGUUUAGUGGGAAUUCAGCGCGGCGCUGUUGCUGCACGUCUCCAAUGCAAGCGGACAGUGCCAGCGACGGUAGGAGUGCGUCGCAUACCCCCGAUGACUGGGAAGACCUGGCCAUGAGCAGCCGCCCAGCAAGCGUGAUGGAGAACAUAUUGAUGACUAUCAGCGCGCUCGUGCAGCGCGCCUCCUCUCAGAUCGAGCUCGUUCGCGAGUCUGAGCUGUACCAGACGUACCUGAAGGAUAACCCCGUGUUGUCCACGAGUGCAGCCGUCAUGCUGGGUGUUCUCAGCUUGCCGGCACUGGUCUUUCUCAGCUUCAUCGUUGUCCUCUGCCUCCUUACUUUCGUGGGCUUCCUCUUUAUUGAAGGCACCUUGAUCACAUUUGGCGUGGUUGUCACUACCGGCAUCCUGUUCUUCAUCGGCACCUUUGUGGCAAGCUUCGGCUGCUGUCUCUAUGCCAUCUUUUACGUGCUCCAGACUUUGAAGAGAGUUGCCAACUCGACUGACAGCACUAAAAAACCGGAAUGAACUGACCAGUCAGCGUUGCUGGCGACACCUCACCUACCUCACUCGUUUUAUUGUCAUGCACAACACGUGUGUUUUAUUUUUUUUCCUUACAUUUCCUGAUGGACUUUUCUUUUGAAAUUAAAAGAACUUGUUAAAGAGUG